UUUGUAUUAUCGUUACUUUUCUCAAAAUAAACAAGUUAAAAAAACUUGAAUUCGUUGAAUAAGGAGGCGCGUGGCGACGACAAUUUUGUUAUUUUAAGUUUGAGAGAAGUUGUUGGGCGUUUUAUUCAGAUAGCCUAUUUGAAAGCAAUCAUUGUUUUCCAAAUCAUUACCUACCAAAUGUAGCGAAUGUCUAUCCAAAUUAUUUCAGUCAGUCGCUGUUGGAGAGCAAUGAUUUUAUUUUUAUUUUUAUCUUGCCAAAUAAUUCAAUAUGGGAUGACUGCGUGUACGAGGAGGAUUUUGCGGGUCAUGAACGCAGAGGACUCGUCCAAUGAAGUAUUUGUGGAAGAGGAGGGGGCGCACGCAUUUUUAGGACGCCAUCUGUUGUUUAACAGAUUCGACUUCGAGCUAUUCACUCCUGGGGAUCUUGAAAGGGAGUGUAUUGAAGAAGUAUGUAACUACGAAGAAGCUCGAGAAAUUUUUGAAAGCAUUUCAGCAACAGACAAUUUCUGGAAAACAUACCAUCAUGAUGAUCAGGUCAAGCCUCCCUCCAGGCUGGAUGUGACUGCCCUACUGAUCGGCCUGAUAGCAGCGGGCGUCACCAUCAUCAUCAUCGGUCUGCUGCUGUGGUACUGCUGUCACAGGGCCUACAUGCUGGGCAGGUCCCCUGGGUCAUCCCGGGUCCGUACGGGGCGGAGCAAUGCCUCCCUGAUCCUGCGGAGGCUGGAAGAGGUGUCCCUGCAGCCCGUGCUCCCGCCCCCAGACGAGCUGUGCCCUCCCGGCCUCCCCUCCUACGAGCAGGCAAUCGCCAAAUCCGGCCCGCACGACGCCCCACCCCCGCCAUACCCAGGGUCCCGACCCGGAAGCAUUCGACGGUAGCAUACCGUGACUGAGGGAAGGAUACGCUGUUUCAGAUGGUUCAUUUUAAUCGGUCUACACACUGUCUUCUGGAAGUAUUUAUAGUUUUUGUCAUUUGACUUGUAUGCUAAUAUUACAUGAAGCAUAAAUGCCACAUGUACUGUGUAUAAACAUGCAGGUUGGAUUGUACUGGAUCAUAUCAUCGGUGCUUUUGCUAAGAUAUGACACCGAUAUGGAGAAAGAUAUAAAAGUAAUUUUUAUCUUAAGAAUUGUAUUUCUGUGAAGAAAUGUGCAGGAGCAGUGCAGCAAUAUUUGUCUAACAAUUUUCAGAGAAAUAUUUUUAAAUGUAGGUUUUAAUGUGGAUUAAAUGUUUGUAUUCCAUUUACCAUUUUUAAUAUUGUAAAAAGAAAAAAAAGUCAACUGUUUUGCAUGCCUAAAGCAAUGGGUUUUCUUUGUACCAUAAUGACCUAGAAUGUAAACUCUUAGUAUAGCCUACUCACAUGCACAAUAGAUUGUAUCAUUUUCAUGCAGUAUUUGAGCAACAUGUAUGUACACUGCAUAUGUGACGUUUCUGUGUCGUUUCAGUAAUUAUUUUGAUGGUGCCAGUGAGGGCUGUGUUCAGUCAUUUCCUCACACGAGUGCAACACGACCUGUAUCACGUGUUAAGAAUGGUCUGUUAUGUGGUCUGAAUAAGAGAUUAAUCAUAAAUUUGAGAAGCCUAUGCAGUAGCAAAUCACAAUUUGCGCUGCUGGCUAAUUAAAGUGAGGAUAAAGAUGAACUUUGAAGAUUUAGUUGGGCAUUGACCAUUUAAUCUCAAGUAAUUUGUGCGUUUUCACUGUUGGGGUACUCGUCAGUCUUAAUGGUUCAUGUUGUAGAACUGUAUCAAUGGGCCAAAUACACUCUGAAGGUUUGCUCUGUUGCGGACUGCAGACAUGGUUUUAUUUUAUUUAUACAGUUUGAACCAUGCAAAG